AUGCCCAAUUUCUACAGCCUGGAGAUGUACGCGGACAACACCAUGUCCUUCUGCAGCAAGGAGCGCCCGCCCCCGAUCAGCGUGCCCCCCUACUCGGGCGCCAUCAGGAUCACGUACCACUCCGGGACCGCGACCGGCAGAGGCUACAAGCUGACCGUGUCAGCCUCCCGCUGCCCGCCGGCCGACCUGCUCGAGCCGUCCGGGGCCGUGUUCCUCAACAACGAGGCCAAGGAGUGCGUGAUCCGCAUCGUCGCCCCGACCAACCAGACCAUCACGUUCUUCAUCGGGGAGAACUCGUACAUCACCCCGUCCACCGACUGCAAGGAAGGCGGCCUGGAGGUGCUGGACGGCCUCGCCGGAAGCAGCCCUCGGAUCGGCCGCGUCUGCGAGCCGUCCAUGUCGCGAGGCUUCUCGUCCACCGGCCCCGGGAUGCUCAUCAAGUACUGGGCCAAGGACUUCAACACCUACAGCAGGGUCGACGGCCACUACUGGACCACGGACCAGGGCCCUGGCUGUGGCGGCGCGCUCCACCAGGACUCGGGCGUCUUCACCAGCCCCAUGUACCCGGCGCCGUACCGGAACGCCUCCGUGUGUCGCUGGGACAUCUUCAGCCCCGGAGCCAGGAGUCCCGUGCUGAACUUCAAAGCGUUCGAUCUGGGCCCCAACACGUCAUGCGACACGGACUUCGUCGAAGUGUUCGACGUGGACGCGGAAGACAGAGAGACCAGCCUCGCCCGUUACUGCGGAAAGGACAAGCCCGGCUUCGUGCGAGGACACACCCACCGCAUCGCCGUCAAGUACACCACCAGUGUGCGCAACGGCGGCACCGGCUGGAUGGUCGAGUUCAGGGGGCUGGCCUCCGGAGACCAGUGGCACCAACUAGACUCGUGGAAGUCCACUACAUUAUAGGAGAUUUUAAUUUAAAUAAAUUAAAAAUGAAAACAAAACGCGUGAA